ACAUAUUAUACUCAGAUGUCAAGCAAAUGUCAAAAAAGAACGCGCAAGCCGGGAAAUUUUGAAUUUCUCAUUUUACACGGAUAAAAUUUAUUUUUUUAUUUACAAUGAAAAUGGAAGGAGAAACUGUAACUUUAAAAAGAAAUUUAACUGAAUGGAGAUUUAGCCAAUAUCCGAAAUACAUAUUACUGCCUAUUGAUGAAAAUCAUGAUCAAAUUAAAUCAAACAUAAAAAACGUGUUAUUUUCAGAGGUUACUCCCCGGCCACUUGACCGCAAUAUACGUCUUGUUUGUGCUUCGGAAGACGCUUUGAUAAAUAUCCUCGAUAUGGAUCCAGAGAUGAUCACUCGUGAGGAGUUUGCAGAUUUUAUUGCUGGUAGAAAACUGCCAUAUGGAGCAUUACCAGUUGCUCAUCGUUAUGGCGGUCACCAGUACGGUUCCUGGGUCGGACAGCUAGGAGAUGGAAGAGCUCAUAUAUUAGGAGAAUAUGUGAACAGACUAGGAGUCAGAUGGCAGGUUCAGCUGAAGGGAUCGGGACAGACACCGUACUCUCGCGUUUACGACGGCAGGGCAGUACUCCGAGCCACCAUCAGGGAGAUGAUCGCAAGCGAGGCAUGCCAUUUCCUCGGGAUACCUACAACGAGAGCUGCUGGGGUUGUUGUGAGUGAUGAAGUAGUAAGCCGCGACCUGUACUACAACGGGAACCCUAGACGAGAGCACGCCUCUGUUAUCUUGCGCUUGUCGCAAAGUUGGUUCCGCUUCGGAUCGUUAGAGAUAUUGUCACGCACUGGAGAAAUCCAAGUGUUGAAGCAGCUGUCCGACUUUAUUAUCAAGGAGUAUUUCCCGGACAUACAUUUGACUGACGAGAAUCGCUUCAUUAGACUGUUCUCCGAAAUAGCUCAUAGAACAUUGGAUUUAGUCGCUAAAUGGCAAGGUCUCGGUUUCACUCACGGCCUCCUAAACACAGACAACAUGAGCAUUCUGGGUCUGACUGUUAACUACGGGCCGUUUGGCUUUGUGGACUCUUAUGACGGUGGUUUCGUCGCCAAUUGCUCCGACGGUGAAGGGCGAUACGCCUUGGCCAAACAACCUGAUGUCGUUGUUUGGAACGUGGGGCAACUGGCAAACGCUCUCAAGCCGCUGCUGACUUCAUCCCAGCAAGUGCACAUGUCUCACAUCCUGAAGACCUUGGAUACUUACUGCAAGAAUAAGAUAUUGGAAACAUUCUUGAUGAAGGUGGGACUGAAAGAGGAGCGGUGGGGAGACGAGCUGUUGAUCGAGAAACUUCUAGAUAUGAUGCAGCAAACCGGCGCAGAUUUCACGUCCACUUUCAGGCAACUUGCUGAACUAGAGCCAUGUGAAAUGGUGAGCGAAUGUAAGCUGGAAGAGAAAUGGGCUUUGAAACGGCUGUCGUCACAUGCGUCGUGGGGCUGCUGGCUAGACCAGUACCGCGAGCGGCUUGACAAAGAAGCUGUUGACGCCAGCUCAUGCGGUAUGUUCGAGGAUGAGAGACGCCGGCGCAUGUUGAGCGUGAACCCCGCGUACGUGCCGCGCAACUGGCUGCUGCACGAAGCGAUCCUGGACGCUGAAAAGGAAGACUUCCAAAAAGUGAGGUUCCUCCUAGAAGUAAUGCGGAAUCCAUAUGAAGUACAGCCUGAAGCAGAAAAGCGUGGCUUCUCCAGUCAGCCGCCUCUUUGGGCCUAUGAGCUGAAAAUUAGUUGUUCCACCUAGACUAAACCCAUUUGUUUUUCAAUUAUUUUUUUGCUAUUAAAAUACUGAACUUAUCUGUCCCUUUAGUAAU